AGAUGAAGAAAUAGAGCCCCGAGAAGAGAGGUUAUCUACACCAGAUCAUUCAGAAGAGAAGCACACCUGUGCAUCAGCCUGGACCCUCCUGUUCAGGAAGACUGUCCACAGCUUGAGGAAGAACCAUGGAUUUCAAGAGUGUGAAGGAGUACUUUGCUUGGCUCUACUAUCAGUAUCAAAUCAUCAGCUGCUGUGCCGUCAUGGAGCCCUGGGAACAGUCUAUGUUCAAUACCAUCUUACUGACCAUUGUUGCUAUGGUAGUGUACACUGCCUAUGUCUUCAUCCCCAUCCACAUCCGCCUGGCUUGGGAAUUUUUCUCCAAAAUAUGUGGCUAUCACAGUUCAGUUUCUAACUGACCUCAUCGGAAUUCUGUGAAAUGGCACGAUGUGUUGAUGUUGCUUACAACUUGUUGACUUGGGGACCGCAUCAUCUUUCACCUCUGACCUGACCAGCACUCUUUCUAUGCACUGGCAUCCUGCCUGGAGUCUGAGCCAGGUGUCCUCCCAGCCGCUCUUGUCCAGGCAGCAUUGUGUGUCUCUGACGACAGAAAAUGCCGUGACUUUACCCUGUAUCCCACAUUUGCUCAACUCAACUCCAUGGCUUUAGAUUUCUUUUGAAAUCAGGAUGCUUUCAAAUAAAACUUUUCUGGAAAAUAGGCGUAUAAGAAACCCGACAGUCAUAUUUAAAAUACUCUCUUCAUAUUAUUCUAUAUUAAAGGCUAUGUUACAAAAAGUAUUCUUCAUAGGCUACUGUCAAAAGUACCCUGUUCUUGUUUACAAUCUAUUAAAAGAUGUGAAUAAAAUAAACAAACCUUUAAAGUAUUUUUUUUCUGGUGAAUAGCUAGUACCUAAAAUUCUUUUCUUCUGUUUUAAAUUUUCAUUCUCUUUGUUUUACCUAAAAUUCUUUUACUUCAAAUGCAAAAGAAUAGGUCAGAGACAAUUAUUUUCUUCUAGAUAUGGUUCAGGCAUUGUUUCAAAUGCCUCUGAAGUCUAGUUUUUAUCAUAGCUUUAAAUGAAUUAUGGUCUUAAAUAAACAAGUAAAUAUUGUACUAGAGAACAAUUUAAGUUUCAAAAAUAAAUAUAAUCAAGGCAAAUUCCGAUCUUGUGACUUUUGACCAUGCCCUGCCUUGAAUGACUAGAGAAGAGAAACGGUUGUUUUCGUGUACCUUCACUAGGUGGAAGGAAAGCCGCAUGUCCUGGGCUGCAGGAAGAAGCUAAUAAAUAGACUGGAAGUAAUAGUCUACCAGCAGGACAUCGACAGCUCCAGUUAAACGCUUUGAUAUAGUGGCUCCUUUGCGCAGCAGAAAUAAGAUUUAUUAAAUUUCUCUCAAAAUGUUUAUCUUCAAAGCAAAUGUAAGAUUUUAAUUAUAGUGCUGAGCCAAACAUGAAAGCUGAAGACUAAGCUUUACAGCUUUUCUUUGCCCCUAUAAAUAUUACCGUUAGUAAUUCUGAAAGGUAAAAAAUAAACAGGUUUUGGACAACACUGGCACCUUUGUUUUAGGGGGGAAAUAUUCCAAGGAGAGCUAAAAAGCAAGAUAUUUGGCAUGCAAAAUCAACUUGCACGUCUGUUUAAAAAUAAAACAAAGAAUACAUUUUGAAGAGAGACCAGAUAUGAAUAUAUGCUUGUUGAUUUUUGCAAAAUAAAGUUAAGUUUACUUUGACAAAAAAAAACAAGUGCCCAGUUUGAACUUGCCUUCCCUUUCUUCACG